CAGUCGCUUUUACGCACAGAUUGGACAGUCCGUUUUCUGCGCACGGAUAACAAGACAAGAGAGCUUGUUCAGGACAGAAACAAGCGCGACAGAGGGAAAAUCAGGAACAGAGGAGAAGAGGAAAAAGUGACCGGAAAACAAGGAAAAAGACGCACAAGUGUUUUCCCAACUGGAGAAAGACAGAAGAAAGUGUGUGAGAGUGUGUGAAAAGGAGAGAGUGUGUGCGUCUUCACCACUCUCCACUUCUUCCAUCAACACCAUCUCUAUGUCGCUACCCGGCUCUCCUCCGCUCCUCUCGCCGGGCUCGGGCGCCCCGACACCCACCGCGCUCUAUCGCUCGGUCCCGGACGCGCUCCACACUUCCGUCGCUUCCACCGGCACCUCCAGCCCAGUGCACACCAACUCCAACUCCCACUCCCACUCUCACUCCUUGUCUCAGUCUCCGCGGCUCACCAGUAGCAUGCUCAGCGCUUUCCUGCCCGGACCAGGGAGCGCGCUGGCUGGCUUGGGCAACGGUGGCACCGCCCCGCUUGUGUCCGGAGGCGGUGCUGCGCUGGGUCCUCUCAGCGGGCUCGGAUCUCUCAGCACGGCUGGCCUGACACCCGGAUCCCCUGGUUUGGCGCAGACUUCAUCCAGCCCGGGUCUGUGCAGCGAGUGCAAACUGGUGGAGGUGCAUGGCGUGAAGGUGGCCAGCUUCAGCGUGGACGGCCAGGAGCUGAUCUGCCUCCCGCAGGUGUUCGACCUCUUCCUGAAGCACCUGGUGGGUGGUUUGCACACCGUCUACACCAAGUUGAAGAGGCUGGACAUCACGCCGGUGGUGUGCACCGUGGAGCAGGUGCGCGUCCUGCGGGGGCUCGGCGCCAUCCAGCCAGGCGUGAACCGCUGCAAGUUGAUCUCCAGGAAGGACUUCGAGACGCUGUACCAGGACUGCACCAGCGCCAGCUCUCGUCCAGGCCGCCCUCCAAAGCGUUGUUCUGGUGCAGGGAUCCAGGAAAGCCCCAGGCUGCUGCACCCGGGCCUCCCUGGCCUGCUGUCGCCCAACCUGCUGUCCCAUACUGGCCUAACGGCAGCAGCCAUGGCCGAGCUCCAGAAGCUGCAGAAGAUGAAGAUGAUGAUGAGUCUCCAGAACGGCAACGAGUCUGACAACGACGACCUACACUCCAAUACAGGAGGGAGCGAGUGUUCCUGGGAUAAGGAGCGUCUGACCAGCCCUCCUUCUGCAGCUCACAGUGGUGGACCAGGAGGUGGAGGGGCACCAGCAGUGGGGGGAGGAGCUGGAGGUGCAGCAGGAGGAGGAGCAUGUGGGAGGGGGCCAACCAUAGGAACUGUCAAUCAACAGCAACUCCAGCAGCAGCAGCAGCAGCUACUGGCUAACAGGUUGGACCUGCCGUUCAUGAUGAUGCCCCACCCUCUGCUGCCCAUGGGUUUGCCUCCCGCCUCUGUAGCCAUGGCGAUGUCACAGAUGAAUCAUCUCAGUACCAUCGCCAACAUGGCAGCUGCAGCCCAGCAGAUACACACUCAUGUACAACGCGCACCUGUCAUUAAGGAGAGAGUGUGUGACAGUCCCUCUCUUUCUCCGUCUGUUGAUGAGACCAACACUCCUCUGCAGUCACAGCCCAGCAGCUCAGCCUCCAGCUCGCCUGAAAGACUGGGACUGGUGUCAGCUGAUGCCGACGUUGCGCUGACCAACCCUGUGGUACCCAUCAAGAAAAUAACAAAGGACAAAGAAGAGUCUUCGCUGGGACAAGCCCUGCCCCCCGGCUUUCCUGCUCCAUUCCUAUUCGCUGACGGCCUGUCUUCUGUGGAGACCCUGCUCACCAACAUACAGGGGCUGUUGAAGGUAGCGGUGGAGAACGCCCGGGCCCAGGACAAACAGAUCCAGGCAGAGAAGAGAGAGCUGAAGAUGGAGCUCUACAGGGAAAGGGAGAUGAGGGAGAGUCUGGAACGACAGCUCACCUCUGAACUUCAAAGCAGAGCCUCCAUCCAGAAGCGUCUGAAGAAGGAGAAGAAGGCCAAGCGGAAGCUGCAGGAGGCGCUGGAGUUUGAGUCAAAGAGGAGGGAGCGAGUGGAGGAUGCUCUUAAACAUUCAGCUUCACCCUCCCCGGAGCCGCUGCACACCGCCAACACCACCACCAAGAACGACGCUGCUAUAGCCGAGGAUAAACCUGAACUUAAUGGAAACCAGCAAGACAGCGGCGCUGUACAAGAAUCCCGGGCAUUUCUGAAGACCCCCAUGAUGUUUUAGAGGGAGGGACUCUGCACCCAGAAAACCCGCCCCCUCCCUCUCCUGCACAGAAGAAUUCCACCAGCCCGCAACGACUUCCCCAGGCGGGAUUCCAUCUUUGGUACUUUGUGAUCCGUUUGACGUUGCUAUGAAACGACUAGACUACUAAGGGACACACCCCUUAUUUGGACAUAAUUGGGGUUGUGUCUCUACCUUUCCUUCUCUUAGACAAACUUCAAUCGAUUCAUUUCUUGUCCCCUUUCUGCACAGGGACUAUUCUCAUCCCUCGUUUGCUUCUAAAACUGAAAAAUAAAACCCUUUCCCAAGAAAAGGCAAGGAAAAAAGUUACCACACAGUAAACUGACCAGAGUAUAAAACACUGAAUAUUUAGAAGGACCUCAUCACGAAUCUCGGUUGCACAUCAUUUGGGAAAAUUAAGACGACAGAUCAAUCUAAUGGGACAAUAGACUUCUUAAAUGGUCAAAUAACAUGAUGUGAUUCACCAAACCAAACGACUGGCGCUGACAAGGCAAGAAUGGUUCAAUGAAAAGACUAGACAUUCUUAUUUACGUUUGCUAAUCAAAAUAAAUAAAAGGCUUCAACCUCCCCUCUGGAUUUGACAUAACCUAAGUCAACCAAACUGGCUGGCUGUCGAUACCCUGUCAUUGGAUGGUAAUCAGCUAAUCGGAGAGGCUCAGGACUGAAAGAUGAAGAGGGGUUUUGAAAAAGUUUUAAAGAAUAUUAAGAAAAAAAACAGAAGAAAACAACUUUGGAGGCUAUUUCUGUCUCAUGUUUCAUUGAUUUUUGUUUUCUGUACAGGGACUAAAAAGAACGCAUGGGAAAACAUUUCUUAAGUUUUCAUUUGGUUUAAUUUGAUCUUUAAUUCACUCCUUACCCUAACUUUCUCUCUUUUUUGCUUCUUUCCUCAACCUUUUCUUUUUCUUCUAUAGAUCAGCUCCUAUUCCUCUUAUAUCUUCAAAUUUUUCUCGUUUUUUCCACACCUUUAUUCCUUCACUUUCUCCCUCUCUUUCAUUGAGGCAUUUUCUGAAAAUGUUGGAUGCAGCUUUUUCAGUGUAUGAAGUAUUUUCUAUCACCCUUAACUUGUGAAAUCUGUUUCUCAAACAGUGCGCAAGUUCAAAAAACAAACUUUUUAUUACAACAGAGUAAUUUUUAGAAAAUAUUAUAUCCUAAAGGUACAUUGCAUUCUCUUCCUCGACUUUGGGCCUUUUCACCUUUUGACCCCUGUUCCUAUGACCAGAAAGUAGUAGUCAAGUUUCUGGUGUUUGUCAAAUUAAAUUAAAAUUAAAUUUCACUCCUUUUUGAAUUUAGCCCUGAACAUCACCGCUGAAGUGACAAAAUGUACUGCAGGUGAGGAAAACAAGCGCUCCUCAUCUAUGACAAACACCAGAAACAUUUUAAUUCCAGAUUUUCUGACGUACUAAGAGUGCAGACUGUUGUGUUCAAGUUCUGUUUAUUCCACUGUGUGUAUUAUUUGUUGAUUACUUUUUGAAAUGUGUAUGGGAGGAUUUAGGGAGGGUGGGGCCAGGGUGGGUGGAUGUUUGGAUUUUAAAGGGAUAUUCCAUGUAGAUAGUCAACAUUCAGCAUUUUUUGUUUGUUUUUUUCUUCUGAUGAUCUCUCAAGUCUGUCACUGUUCUCUGGGUUUGAGCUGACUGCAAAUAUACAGUAUUAUAAUGACUGCUCUGGUGGUGUUUUACACACA